CGGUAAAAGAACUAUCACGGUUCUGUGAUUGCAAAUUUUCGAUUGCACUGGCACAUGCACAGGCAGACUGCGGAAGGCCCGGCACGCCAUUUUGUCUUAUACCACUUAUGCUAUGUCUUCCGUACAAGCGAACUCGGCAGAGAGGACUAAAUGGGGCUCGGGGCUCCGAUAAGUUCAGCUUUCAAGCGGCAGCAAGUUCUCGGUGACAUGGAAAGAUUUCUAUGCGGUGAAGCUUCGCGCUCCGGUUCCCAUCAUCUUCAGAACUUUGCUAUUCAUUGUAACUAUAAAUGGCUUGGUAGAGUGAGAAGAUUUCCACCUGAGGUUCAUAUUCGUUCAUGGCUGUAUGGUUCUCUACCGCGUGAUCAGUUCUCAUAUCCUCCUGAAGCAUUUGAUCGCUGAUUCAUAAGAGACGACACGUACCGGGCGCUCACGACACAGCUCUCACAGAUGUCGUCUUCACUCAGUGGAAGCCAGCUUGCUGAAGCUGCUUUGCAUCUUCAGGCAACCAAAUAUUAUGCAAUUGCUUCCUUCGCCAUGCUUGUUUAUGACAUCUUCCUAACGUUCUCGACCGAAGUCGAAAAAAUCUGGAAACGGAGAUUCACGGCAGUGACAGUAUUAUGGGUAAUGAUCCGAUGGAUCUAUCUGGCAGGAAUUAUUGUCAUAUACGUCUCAUAUUUUGACCCGGACUGGACAAGCACUGUCUGUGCGAAAUAUGUUAAGUUCCCUGGCUACCUCCUUAUUUACCAGAGGAUCGUGACCGGAAUGAUAUUCAUACUUCGAACAUACUGCCUGUACCAGCGAAGCUGGGUAGCCGUUGGCAUUAUCAGUAUAUUUCUGGCCGCCGAGAUUACAGUAAAAUUUGUGACGCUUGAGAAGUGGGCAGCGAUGGUCCACUUGCCUCCUCAGUUAUCAGGAUGUUUCCUAGCUGUUGCGCCAGAAAACGCGUCGAAAUACGUUUGGCACUGGAUCACGGAACUAUUCACUGAUGCAGUGAUUAUGCUUCUGACUGCAUAUCGGUCGUACAGGGUGUACACCGAGUCCAUCGCAAUUACUCGAACACCACUAUGGAUCACGUUCCUGAGAGAUGGAUUCCUAUAUUUCUUUGUCAUGUUCUCAGCGAACGUGUGUACAGUAACUUUAUACCUCAUCCUCCCGGUAUGUCAUAGGACGUUUUUAUGUCCAUCAUUUGCCUGAUUUGCCCAUCUCCCUUAUAGCAAGAUUUGAAGGACAUCAAUGCUACAUUCACCGCGCUAAUUAGCUGCGUUUUGAUUACGAGACUCGUUCUGAACCUUAAGAUCGUAGCAUCGCAACAAGGAUCAUCGAUGAAAGGGAGAUCCUUCACGUCGGAGCUCGAGGCCGUUUCCGUGUGGGAAUCCAAUAUUCUAGGCGACAUAGGUAACGAUAUCGAGGUCUCACAGACAUCCAGAGCGAUAGGCGCAGAGAGAGACCGCGAUGGUGUCUCGAUCGAGCUCAUGCAUCUCUCACCAGCACACAGUCCUGCCCCGUACGCGACUAGAUUCCCGAGGCAUUGAGAAUUGAGGUUGACAUUCUCUGCUUGCGACGGAUUUCCUUGUUCACGACUUUAUCAAGCCUUUUAUCAUUCUUUAUUAUACGCUAUUUAAAAUUAUUGUAAACAUAGAACAUGCAUGUAGAGU